AGCACGGGGCCUGACCAGUCACAUGCUCGCCACAGUAAGCAUGGGGAGUAGGCUCAGGUCUCCAACCUGACUCUGCCACACUCCCCGUGUGGCCCCCCCCCCCCCAUUUUUUUUGGGGGGGGGGGGGGGGGCGCUGCCUCUCGGGCUUCCUUGCCAGCUGUGUUCCCUCAUAACAUUGCCGCUCCGCUUUAGCUGCUGCCUUCGCCUUCCUCUCUGCUUCUACCUGCUCCCAGGGCAGGCGAUCCUUCCCGGCCAGGAUCUCCUCCAACGUCCAGGAUCCCUUGCCAUUUAAAAUGUUCUCCCAUGUCCAGUCCUCCUUCUUACCACGCUGCUUGGUCCUUUGGUGGUGGGAAGUUCUGUCACGUUCGUCGUCGGAAUGAGAAGGAUCGGACCAAAGCGCAGCGUAGUAAGUGUUCCUGAUUUAUUCUGAAAAAACACUUGAACAAAAUAACAAAGAGCAAAACGACAACGAACAGUUCUGUCAGGUGCAGAAACACAAAACAGAAAAUAACUACCCACAAAACACAGGUGGGAAAAUGCUACCUAAGUAUGGUUCCCAAUCAAGAUGGAGUUGGCGUGCCUGGAUGACAACCUUUCCUUGGACGCGCUCGUCACGAUGGCUAUCCAUCUGGACAACCUCCUUCAGGAGUGCCUGCACCUUCCUCACCCCUUGCCCUCCUCCAGAGACAGAGACAGCUGGAGCUGUGUCCCUAUUGUGGCCAGGAGGGCACUAACUCCAGCGGUGUCUGGUACAUCCCAAACCGAGGUCCACUAUGGCAGAGGGACUUCCCCGUGAUCAUCCGUCUCCCAGGAACAAUCACCACCAUGCGUCGCAGAAGAUCAGCUUGUAGAGUCAACUCUGACAGCAGUGAGAUCGAUAUUGAUCUCUUAGGAGGGAGAUCCAAAGACUCCAUGGUGAACGCGAGGAACUUCUCCGUAGCCUGCGUGUCUCAGAGAGUCCAUUUCAAUGCUGGGAUGACACAGACGCCACGCAAAAUCUGAGCAGCAUGCUGGUGUACCGCGACAGGGUGGUGGAGCAGCUCGACUCUGAACAAGGGAAAAUGGCUUAUCUGAGACAGGAGAUUUUGACUUGGGAGAGUAAGCUGGCUGGCCAGAGGAGAGGGAGCACCACAUACCACAGUCAGAAGUCGGAGGCAAACCAGACACUGAAGAACAUCCUCAUCCUGGAGAACAAACUGGACAGGGGUCGUGUUCGCUUCAACAAGCUUUUGGCCAAGAACGGGCAGCUGAGAGAGGAGCUGAAGAUCUUGCACGUGGAGAGGAAGCAGUUCCUCCACCUCUACUGCAGGAUGGAGAGGGAGCUGCAGGAGAUUCGCAAGGACAUCCGAGACAUGAUGGCUCAGUCCACUGCUGCUUUUGAGGCCAGAGUGGAGGCUCGGUGCAAACGGAUGCUGCUGAAGGAGAAAAAGGUGAAGGACCUGACCCAGUAUGGCACGGAGGUGAGCGAGCUGCAGCGGGUCAUCUCCCACGACCACCGCCUAAAGACCUUCAUGAGCAUCAAGGGCAACGAGUGCAGCAGCCAGGAGGAGGGCCAGGACCUGAGCCGCAGAAAGGUUGAGGAGAGGCAGCGCAGGAGACUGGGACUGGACACUCAGGGAGGGACUUUUGGGACUCUCGAUUCCUUGCAGGAGACCUUCCACAAGAUCCACUGUGUCACAGGGGAGGAGGACCUGCACAAGCUGGUGGGGACCUUCAUUCAGAUUGAAGACAAGAACUUUGCUUUGCUAAACUUUGUUAACGAACAGAACAACGAAGCCGAGACCUUGAAGGACGAAAUCAACCAGAUCCGCUGUGAGAUGGAGGUGUUUUCCAGAGAGGAGCGCAGGCAGCAUGAGGAGAGCAGGGCCGUGCUUCGGGGGGUCAGUGUGCAGCAGCAGGCCACAGAGCAGCAGAUGGGAGGCUACCAGCAACGCAUCACCUCAGUGGGCAAGAUCCUCAACCAGCUGAAGACAGGAAUAGACAGUGUGUGCCACAACAUAGACUGUGACCGGUCAGUGAUCGAAGACAAGUUAGGCUCCUCGACCGGGAUCCGGGACAACACCAUUAUGACUUACCUGGGAUUGGUGGAGCGCAGGACCAACGAGCUGCUGACUUUGCAGUCUUUCCUCAGCUCCAAGGACCUUGAUAAAGAUUACAAUCCUAGAAUGGUUGCCAGGCACCUCCUAGGGCAAAGUCCACCACUGCCUAGGCAAAACAAAACGGUUGAGCCUCCCACUUCUGGGGAUAACAAUGACCCAGAGGAGUCCCUGCUAACAGACCAGGUGAAGCCCCUCUCCAAGGAAGAGCUGCUCCCGCUGGUAAUGACGAGGAUGCAGAGGAAGGCAAAGAUCGUCCGACCAGAGGUCCGAAAAUCAGACUCCAAACUCAGCGUUGUGGCCAGCAGAAUCCACCAUGGCUCCCUAGGACUCUGAACUCAUCAUCCCUUUAUGAAAUUGAUUGGACACACAAGGAAAUAGUUUAUUGACCUCAUCCCUGGUAGAUAGACAGACCUCAUCCUUGGUACCUUGACCUAGUCCCUGGUAAUCUGACCUCAUCCCUGGUAGUCUGACCUCGUCCCUGGUAGCUGCAGACUGGGGGACCGCAGGAGGCCCACUCCUGUGGAAAGCAGCAUCACAGCCCUGCUUUCAUGAGCCAUUCAUAAUCUGUUACUUUUAUAAUGCUUCAUUAGUUGCAAAAUUUAGUUUAAAAUAAUUGAAGUAUUCAUUAUUUGUUCAUCAAAUAAAAUAUUCUGUGGUGUAAGCGUUUAAAGAUGUAUAAUAAAUAAUUUAAAUCAGAAUAAA